UUGAUAGUUCAGAAACAAGUUUUUUUUUUUCAGAUUGAAUGGAGGGAUCCUUGGCUAAUAGCUCUCUUAUCUUUUCACAUCCUUGUAACUUUCACAUGUUUCUCCACUAGAAACUACGGAAAUUUUCAAAUUAUACUCUUCAUCACAUUAUUACUUUUGGUAUAUUUCUCUGAGAGUAUAAACGAAGUCGCAGCAAGGAACUGGAGUCUUUUCUCAAGGCAGCAGUACUUCGACAGCAAGGGUCUCUUCAUAUCAGUGGUGUUCUGUAUACCGAUACUGUUGAAUUGUAUGAUUAUGGUGGGUUCAUGGCUGUAUCAAUCAACACAACUUAUGACAAAUCUCAAGAAAGCACAGCUUCGGCAGCGACUCAAAGAACAGAAUAUGCAGAGAGAACAACAGAAACAUCUAAAAAGGGAGUGA